CCUCCUCCGUGUUCGUGUUGGACUCUUUCCAUUUCGUAACUUGCUUCGAUUUCCAGCAACGACAUUCGCAAUCCAUUUUCGUAAUCAUGGAGGUUUAAUCCGGAGGAAGUUUUGUUUUUCCAAUCUGUACGUCGAGAUUCAAUGUCGCUGAAUAUGAAUUAGUUCGUGAGUCGAUUGCAACGGACGAUCUGAUUUUCGAAUCCACUGCUCAAAGAUCACAAAGGAGCUAUGGAUCGGAUUAAACCAGUUUACACUCGACAGAAAAGUAACGCUGGCACUCCACUGGGACCAGCGUCGCCAUUGGUACAACCGUAUGGCCACCAUGCGCGAUCAGGUUCGGCUGGCGUGGCAAAUUCGAAGAGAGGACAGAACAAUGCAACGAAAGCUGCAGCGCAAAGGCUUGCAAAAGUGAUGGCAAGUUCAGCUGACGACGAGGAUGAAGAAGAUGAUCUUUCUUAUGAUUUGAGUUUGGCGAGUGGCACAGGGGGCAUUGGAUUAGCAGGUGGAAGAUCAGUCAGAUCCCGCUCUCCUAUGCCGUCUGCUCGUACUACUCAAGAACCUACUUCUGGACAUGUGGGAUUGGGGGGUCGAGCAUCUCAAACUGUAAAUCAUAUGGAGCAACCAAUGUCGGCUCGUACAGCACUAGGACAACGACCAUCUCGUUCUGAUACUAAUGCUGAACAAGCACCCAUUACUCGCACUUCAACAGUUAGUCGACCAUCCCAGCUUCCCAACUCCGUAGAGCAACCUACAUCUACUCGUACAGCAUCAGUUAGUCGUCCCAAUUUAGGAGUCAAGACAGUUCCAUUGGUACCCUCUUCUGUAUCUAUAUCACUUAAACCAACAUUGCCAGUAACUCCGAAGGAGAGUCAAUCUGAUUCUAGAACAUCACUUAGACCAGCCUUGCCUGUAACUCCAAAAGAGAGUCAAUCUGAUACUAGAGCAUCACUUAGAUCAACCUUGCCUGUAACACCAAAGGAUAGUCAAUUUGAUACCAAAAUGUCACUUAGACCAACGUUGCCCGUAACUCCGAAAGAAGGUCAGUUUGAUCCUAAAAUAUCACUUAGACCAAGCUUUCCAAUAACUCCAAAAGAGGGCCAGUUUGACGCCAAAAGAGAUAAGAGGCUGUCUUUGGAUAUGGGAAGCAUAAACUUCAGAGACAAUAACAACCAGCCUUCCAGUUCUGCUUUACAAGAUGAGCUUGAUAUGGUACAGGAGGAAAAUGAAAGUUUAGUUGAAAAGCUUCGACUUGCAGAAGAAAGAUGUGAGGAAGCAGAAGCUAGAGCCCGACAGCUUGAGAAUCAGGUUUCUAUGCUUGGAGAAGGUGUAACACUGGAAGCCCGUCUUUUGAGCAGGAAGGAGGCAGCUCUGCAGCAGAGAGAGGCUGCUUUGAGAGUUGCAUCACAAUCUCAAGGGGGCAGAGGUACUCAGCAUAUUGCUGCACUUAAAACUGAAGCAGAGACUGCAAGGGAUGAGGCAACAUCUGCUUUGGAGCAUUUGCACGAAGCCGAGGCUGAGUUGCAGUCGCUUAGGAUUAUGACCCAUAGAAUGAAACUGACUAAGGAAGAAAUGGAAGAGGUUGUUUUGAAGAGGUGUUGGCUUGCUCGAUACUGGAGCUUAUGCGUCCGUUACGGUAUUCAUGCUGAGGUUGCUGGAGCAAGAUCUGAAUACUGGUCAUCUUUUACUUCAAGUCCUGUUGAUGAUGUCUUGGAAGCUGGAAAGAAAGCAAAAGAGGAGACAGAAGCCAAUAAUUUGGAGGGCAGAGAAAAUCAACGAGACUUGAAUGAACAUUCUAGUGAGGCAAAUGUCGAGAGCAUGCUUGUAGUGGAGAGAGGUUUACGGGAGCUGGCUACAUUGAAGGUAGAGGACGCAGUGGCUCUUGCAAUGGCUCGUGAGCGACGUGCAAAUUUGCUAAAACCAGAUGAGGCGAAGCUGCCAAUAGAAGGACAAUUCGAAGCCUUUGAAUUAAGCCACGAGGAGGCAGAGGAUGUAUCUUUUAAGCAGGCUUGGCUCACUUAUUUCUGGAGGAGAGCAAAAAAUGAAGAACUCGAACCAGACAUCGUUGGUGAACGCUUGGAGUUCUGGAUCAACCACAGUAACAAACACUCUUCUCAUGAUGCCGUUGAUGUUGAGCGAGGGCUGAUAGAGCUGAGGAAGCUAGGCAUUGAAAACCAGCUAUGGGAAAUAUCUCGCAGAGGGCUAGAGAUGAACACUAACCGCAAACCUCGUCAAUCUGACUUCUGAAGUUACGGUGAACUUCAUUUCCAUGAGAGUAUUCAUUCAUAUUCAUCUCCUGAAGGCCUCCCUCUGCAUCCACCUGCCAAUUUAAUAAGAUGGAAGAUUCUCAGAGUUCAUAUUACACACUCGAUUCCUCUAUAUUUCUCAUCUGUUUCGUCAUGAGAAGGUUGGUGUUCUUGAGGAUCAUCAGCUAAUACUCUUCAAUUUCUCAUUUGUUUUAUUUUUUAAGCUUACAUGUGGUCUUGAUUGUGACCCUAAGAACUAUGUAAUUUAAUUAUGAUGCUCCUAAAUUAAGUAAUAAACGGCCUGCUCUUCCACUAGAGUUUCAAUUUUGACUUA